AUGUCCAAUCACGAGGAUUUUGUAGCCACUUUAGAAUCCUUAAAGGAGUUAAAAUCUGGUAUCUCAGGUUCUAGAAUCAAAAAACUGACCACCUAUGCUUUAGAAAAUGUAAAUGCUGAAGAAUACUUGAUCGAAAAAAUAAUGAAGUACUCACGUACGUGUCCGGCGACACAUAAAUUAGGUUCUCUUUAUGUCAUAGACUCGAUUGGGAGGGCCUUCUUGAACAAGUGCAAAGAUUUGAACCAGUCGAUGAAGUCCAACGCACAACCUGGUUCUUACGGACAUGCCUUGUUCACGUUGGGUGAAAAUGUUCAAACUUUACUUAGUGACGGUGUUGAAAAGAGUAGUGCCGAAAACAGAGAUAAGAUCAAGGACUUGGUCGACAUCUGGGAUAAAGCUGAUCUUUUCCAGAAAGGUGUUUUGAAUGCUGUCAGAGGUGUAUGGUUUGCUCUGAAGGAUACCGGAAAGUCUUCUAGUUCACAAGCUUCCGAUCCAAAGGAAAAAGCAAUUCAAAUCUUGAGUAACCUAAAACCAAUGGAAUCCGUUCCGACCGACGUCUCAGUGCCAGCAGACCUAGGUUCCACGGACCUUGUGCUGCAGCAAGCUGCGUUAAUGCAAUUGUUGUCCACCUUACAGUCCCAAAUGGCUCGAUCUGCUGGCGUGUCGGCCGCUGGCCCGCAAAGCUCCCAGGACCAUAAGGCACAGCAAUCUCAGCGCCAGCCACUUGAACCGCAACGUCACCAGUAUCACCAACAACACCACCCACGUCAUGAACCUACCCAAUACAUCGGCAGAUCCGCUAGAAGUAACAAAAAGAUGGAUACCCAUCACGAAAGGUCAAGAUCUAAGUCUCCCAAGAGGCAUGAAAAGAAAACUGUUCACAGCAGCACCACAACCACCAAUUCCAGCUCUACUACCAGUAACAACAGCAAAAAUAAUAGCAGCAGUAAUACUAGUAAUAAUCAUCACCUAUACCCGGAGGAACGCAACAUCCCCAGUAAUACUCACUUCAGACCAAGGCACGUCUCUUUCGAUCCUAAUUUACCCUCUGACCAUAUUAAGGUUUAUUCUCGUACCUUAUUCGUUGGUGGUGUCCCAAAUACUAUGAGGGAAUAUGAUAUUGCAAGACUUCUAGGCAAGUUCGGUGAAGUACAAAGCGUUAUCUUGAACAACUCCCGUAAGCAUGCCUUUGUCAAGAUAUACUCAAGACAAGAAGCAGACAGUAUCCUAUCAAACUUUAACAAAGACGAAUCUUCACCCCUAAGAAUCCGUUGGGCUGUAGGGUUUGGUCCAAGAGAUUGUUGUGAUUACCAACACGGCUACAGUAUUAUUCCAAUGCACAGACUAACGGAAGUUGACCGCAAGUGGUCUUUGUGCGCUGAGUGGGGUGGUACUGGAAAUCAACCUCUGCAAUCAGGCAUGGUUUUCGAAGAACCCGACAUCAUAGUUGGUGAAGGCGUCUCUUCUAAAGCUAUAUCUCAAAAAAUGCCCACAGACAGGGGUAACGGCCCAAAAUCAGGGAAACCUUUACCAGGAACGACUUUCCGUACUGCUCAAAACCAGAACUACGAUGCUGCCAUGUUCCCACAACAACCACCUACGCCUGCUGUCCCACCUGCAGCAGGAUACCCCCCACCUAUUUACCAAGGUAUUCCUCCACAAAUCCCUCAACCCACUCUAUAUCCUCAACAACCUAUGAUCCCAGUCAUUGCACCACAGCACCAACCUCAAGAUCAUCAACAACAGUCUGCAGCCUUUGAUCCAACUGCCCAGUUAAACUCACUAAUGAGCAUGUUGAACAAGCAACAGCAUUGA